GGCGGCGGCGGCCCGGGAGCGGCGGCGGGAGCAGCUGCGGCGCUGGGAGGAGGCGGCGGCGGCGGCGCCGGGCCCGGGGGAGGCGGCGGCGAGGCCGGGCCCGCCCCGGGUGCGCUUCGAGCGCCAGGCCGAGUUCCGCGCGGUCUGCGCAGGCGCGGAGCUGGCCGAGGCGCGCGCCAUGGUCAUGGCGCCCGAGGGCGGGGGGCGCGCGCUGCUGGGCGGGGCCAACGCCGACGGGAUCAGCGCGCUGCACCAGGCCUGCAUAGACGAGAACAUGGAGGUCGUGCAGUUCCUGGUCGAGAGCGGCGCCGACGUCAACCAGGCCGACAACGAGGGCUGGACCCCCCUGCACGUGGCUGCGGCCUGCGGCUGCCGCCACAUCGCCCAGUACCUGCUGGAUCACGGCGCGGACGCCGCCGCCGUCACCUGUGACCUGGAGCUGCCGCUGGAGGUGGCCGAGGACGAGGCCCUGGAGGAGCUGCUGAGGGCGGAGCUUCAGCGCAGGGGUGUGCCCAGGUGUGCUCAGGUGUGUUACCUGUGCCAGGUGUGGGAGGUGGCAGCGGCCAAGCGAGCCGAGGAGGAGCGCAUGCUGCGGGACACGCGGCUCUGGCUGGACUCGGGCCAGCUCCGGGACUGUCCCCACCCGGCCACCGGGGCCAGCGCGCUGCACGUGGCGGCGGCCAAGGGCUACAUCGAGGUCAUGAGGCUGCUGCUGGCCGCGGGCUACGACCCCGACGUGCGGGACAAGGACGGCUGGACGCCGCUGCACGCGGCCGCGCACUGGGGCGUGGAGGAGGCGUGCCGGCUGCUCUGCGAGCACCUCUGCGACAUGAGCCCCCAGAACAACGUGGGGCAGCGUCCCUGUGACCUGGCGGAUGAGGAGACCCUGCCCCUGCUGGAGGAGCUGCAGCGGCGCCAGCUGCACCUCCGAAGCCAGAAGGACCCGGGGGCCCCUCCCCCACCCCCGGCGGCGCCGGACCCCGAGGGAGCCCCUCCCCCCACGGGGGGCGGCAAGCACCGACGCAGCUCGGUGUCCCGCCGCAGCUCCCGGGAGAAGCUGUCGCUGCUGCAGGCCCGGGAGAGGGUGGGGGAGGGGGCGCUGCCCCCCCCCCCUCAGCCCCCCGGGUGGGGGAGGGGCCGAGAGCGACGAGGGGGGGGGAGAGCGAGGGGGAGGGGCCGGAGGGAGAGCCCCGCCCCCCGCCGGGGGACCCCCCCGAGGCUCCGCCCCCCAACGGCCCCUCCCCCCCGUUGCCGCCCCCCCCCGGGGCUCUCUGCAGGUCCGGCUCCCUGGGGGCGUGGCCAAGCCCCGCCCGGGACACGCCCCCCGCCCAGGCCCCGCCCCCCGUGCGCCGCUCCGCCUCCUCCCCACGCCUGCAGGCUCCGCCCACGGGUUCGGAGCCCCCCGGCCGCCCCUCCCCCACCCAGAGACCCCCCAGCCCCUCCCCCGCCCCGCCCAGAGCCCCCCCGGGACCCCCCCGAGCCGCGGGUGCGCAGGCCGUUCCAGCCCCCGGCCCGGGACGAGGAGUCGGAGUCGCAGCGCAAGGCCCGGAGCCGCCUGAUGAGGCAGGCACGGAGAGCCACCCAGGGCGUGACCCUGACCGAGCUGAGGGCGGCGGAGCAGGGGAUUGGCCGAGCCGCCGAGGGGCGUGGCCAGGAGCAGCCAAUCAGGGACGAGGGCGGGCGGGAGCCGGCUGAGCCCCCCCGGCUCCCCGCCCCCCCCGCGCAGGUGCCCCCAGGGCCAGAACCGCCGCAGCCCCCGGGGGGGCGGAGCCUCGGACAGGGCUGCGAGAGCGACGGGCCCGAGGAGGCCCCGCCCCCACCCAGCCACGCCCCUGCCCCUCCCCCCAACGGGCUCCGCCCCCCACCGGCCCCACCCUUCGAUUACCAACAGCUGUUCCAGGAGCUUUGGGUGGAAAACGAGCGGAUUCGGGAGCAGCUGCAGGAGGCGGAGCUGGCGCUGACCCAGAGCCGGCUGGAGCUCGAGAGGGUCACCCAGCGCCAGGAGCGCAGCGCGGAGCGGCCGGCGCGGCUCGAGCUCGAGAGAUUCGAGCGCCGGGCGCUGGAGCUGAAGGCGGCUGAGCUGGAGGAGGAGCUGAAGGCGCUCUCGGACCUUCGGGCCGACAACCAGCGGCUGAAGGACGAGAACGCGGCGCUGAUCAGGGUCAUCAGCAAACUCUCCAAAUGACCCCAAAGCCCCCCAAACCCCCCCCAGGACCCCCCGAAUCCGCCCCCUAAAUCCGCCAAACCUCUCCCGCGCGGGGGGCGGAGCCAAACGCGCCAGGGGCGUGGCCAACAGGAGUGGGUGGAGCCGGUGCCAAGGGACCGUGGCCAAAGCUGAGGGGGCGUGGCCAAAACGGGGGCGGAGCCGAGUUCAUUGCACUGAUGUGAAAGCUGCCAAAGGGGUGUGGCCAAAACGGGGGGCGUGGUCUGUGCGCACCAGGCCCCGCCCCCACCUCUUCCCGCAUGCUGUUCAUCCAAUCAGACCGCGGGGGGCGGGGCCUCCUCGCACCCCGCCCAUCCCGCAGACCCUGCCCCUCCCCUCUCCAAUCCCCCGCGAAUAUUUUUGUGAAAAAAAAAGAGGAAAAAGAAAAAAGAGGAAAUAAUUAAUAAAAGGAAAGCCGUGGGGGAGGGGCGCACAGGA